AUGGGCGUGCCAUUAUUUGAUAAAGAAAGUGACGAAAUCAUUUCUGAUAGCAUGAAUGUGUUGGACAAAUCCAAAAACAUUCGUAAAAAAUAUAAAAUUAUUCAUGAAAUGCUUCCACAAUAUACUUCGCGCCAAAUUCGUCAACGUUAUCUUAACCAUCUAAAUAAGCGUCUGUGCAUGAAUCCUUUAGGAAACGAAGAAAAGGCGUUUGUUAUCAGAUGGAUUACAACAAAUCAAAAACAAAAUGGUAUCAUACAUUGGAAGAUAUUGAUUCUGGAUUUAAAAGCGAAAUUUGGUUUGCUGAGGUCUGAGAAUACGGUCAAGAAUUUCUUUUAUUCAAGAAUGAAACAACUAUCUCGAUCUAGGGGAAAUCAAAAUGUACCUUCAGCCCAAACCGCGGUACCCUUUAAUAAUAAUGUUUUGACUCAUCCUUUAAACCUGUUGCAAUGGAGCCUAAUUUUCAACUUAUUCCUCAAAUAA